ACGUAACCAAUACGGAAGCGGAUGUGUUUGAACGGUAACCAACUGACAGCGUGUAGCACCACAGCUAGCUGUACUUGUAGUUAAUACUGUGGAAGUUAUCUGACAUAAACUUUUUGUAUACGCAUUUAAAAAAACAGAAAGGCAGUUUUUUUUUAUCAUGGAGUCAUUGCACGAGCUUCUAAGAGAUCCGAUAUAUUGGAUAGGUGUUGUCACAGUGGCCUGGCUGUCGCUGUGCACUCUGUGCUUUCUGAUAAAAGGGAUCCGUGUGUGGAUUGUGGGCAAUGAUAAUUUGGUCAGAGCCUCCAAACUCGGGAAAUGGGCAGUUGUGACUGGGGCCACCGAUGGAAUCGGAAAAGCCUAUGCGGAGGAGCUUGCUCGACGAGGUUUUGCUAUUGUUCUCAUCAGUCGUACACAGGAGAAGCUGGAUGAAGUGUCCAAAGCUAUCGAGAGCAAGUAUAACGUUGAGACCAAAACUAUUUCUGCCGACUUUGGAUCUGUCGACAUCUACCCCAAGAUUGAGUCUGGACUGGCUGGCCUUGAAAUAGGAGUUUUAGUUAACAAUGUUGGAGUGUCUUAUAGCUACCCAGAGUUCUUCCUCAACAUUCCUAAUGUUGAAAGCUUCAUCGACAAUAUGAUCAACAUCAACAUUAUGUCGGUUUGUCAGAUGACACGAUUGGUAUUGCCCAGGAUGGUUGAUAGGUCUAAAGGAGUGAUCUUGAAUAUUGCCUCGGCUAGUGGCAUGUACCCAGUUCCUCUCCUCACUCUCUAUUCUUCCACAAAGGCCUUUGUGGAUUUUUUCUCUCGUGGACUUGAUGCUGAGUACCAAAGUAAAGGGGUCAUUGUACAGAGUGUGCUGCCAUUUUUUGUGACAACCAAAUUGAGCAAGAUCAAGAGAGCCUCUCUUGACAUUCCCACUCCUGAACGCUACGUCAAAGCCCAGCUGAGCACUGUGGGCCUGCAAUCACAGUCUAACGGCUACCUACCCCAUGCCAUCAUGGGCUGGGUGACCACUUCUCUACUUCCUACAAAACUUCUGAACAAAUACGUCAUGAGCAUGGGGUUGUCCCAGCGUGCCCGCUUUCUGAAGAAACAGAAGCAAGGUUAGAAGAGGAAAAAUGAACAGGCUGAAGGAUGGAGGGAUGGUGUGACAUAAUGGGGAAGAAGGGACCAAUCAGAAAUUUGAAUCUCUUCCCUUUUGCUAUCAUGGGCCAAGAGCCGUCUCACCAAACUGUUCCUUAUAUGUCUGUCUGUUUCCAUUAAACUAGUUUGAGCCAAACAAUGAAUUUUCCAGACAAUAGAGUGGUGUAUUGAGCUUUGGAGAGUUGUAGCUAACCAAAACAUGAUUGCUUGAACAGGAUGGCCAACAUUUCUUAUUAGUUUGACUAAAUAAUGAUGGCUACAGAAUAGCUUUGUAAUGCUAUUUGUAAUGCAACAAUCGCUAAGCACUGAUUAAAUUCCUAGUCAUUAACUACCUUUCUAGUAAAAGUCAUCUGUUGAACAUAAGUUAUCAGAAACAUGUUUCCAAUUUGAAUGAAAUAUCCAUUUGCAUUAAAAGCAUGAUCAUCCCUAUUUCUGCAUUUUUUUUUAAACCUUGGAGAACCCACGGGGUCAAAUUUGGCCGCUGUUAAUUACUGCUACCCAAAACCUUCUUUUGUUCUCCAGGGUUAAAAAUUGGUCAGGAUGACUGAACUGCAAAGAGAUGUCUACAAAUGGUACAUUUAUAAUCUUCCAUCUGACUCUGCAGUUAUUUACAAGCUAUAUAAACUACUUCUGCUUAUCACAGAUGGCACUAUGAAUUUUAAUUCAAAAGAGAUACGGCUUUAUUGCACUAACACUGUUGUGAAAAAUGUAUGUCCUUUAUGUUGUGCAUUAGAAAUGUUUUCAACUGAUUAUUAACUUUGUAAUGCUGGUACUGCUGAUGUUAGGAUGCAAAUUUCAGUGAAAUGUACUGUAUAAUAAGGUAAACGGUUUAUUUGGUAUGGAAAAUUAAAGCUUAGGCCUCAGUUCCGUUAUUAAAUCUGUCAUUGGCCGUGCACUGUUUUCACUAAAACAACUCUAUACUAUACACAGUAUUCCUAAACCAUGUGAUAUUUUUCAGGUUUCAGUGUGAAUAACUUUUACGUAAUGUCAGUGUAAAGUCUUCAACCACAGAGUGGAGAGAACAACAGCAGCACUUGACUGUAAUGCUGAAGGAUCCAUACAGUAUGUUUGUUUCUGAAUUAAUUUUGCAUUUCAAAUAAAAUAAUUUCUUUCUAAUAA